GCAACGAAGCCAGGUGAGACCCCCCCCUCCAUGCGACAGAGACGCAAGUGCAUAGGCCUGCGCGGUCCGCUGGAGAAGGAUUAGGAGGGAGCGCUGGGUGUCAGAAGAGAAGUGUCUGGGGACAGGCCUGUCUGUCGAUACUGCCAAGUUGUAUCCCUCUCGUUGGCCCCAACCAUCAACGCCACCGUUUCUUGGUCCGGACUGACCACAUCGCCUCAACAGUGUUCCUGAAAUGAGUUCUGAAGAGCGUGCCGAUAAGCUUCCCGACGGAGAUCGUGCCUUCACCGCUGUGGAGUUGUCUCAGUUCGACGGAAGCAACCCCGAGAACCCCAUCUACGUCGCUGUCAAAGGCGUCGUCUUCGAUGUCAGCAAGUCGAGAGCCAUGUAUGCUCCUGGCUGCGGUUACAACGUUUUUGCCGGCCGCGAUGCAUCCCGGGCUCUGGCGCUGAGCUCAGUCAAGGUUGAGGACUGCAUUCCCGAUCGCUCCGGUCUCUCCGAGGAGCAGCAAGCUACCCUCGACAAGUGGGAGCAGUUCUACCGCAAAAAGUACAACAUCAUCGGAACGGUCGCUUGAUCAUGCCAAGGCGCCGGUCCUCUGGCUCCGCUGGACAGCCACUCCGACAGUCCUUGAAGCCAAGGCUACCCAUGUGCCCGCUCUCCAGACAAGCAAGCGCUGAGCCCUGGAUGUCCUGCGCUGCUCAACAUAUCCCAAAUAUAUUCUCUGUCCGUAGCGUCAAGUGC